UGUCCCCAAAUAAUCAUGUUCUCUAUUCCAAAUUACUCAUAAUCACUGAAUAUGCCAUGAGAUUUUAACAUCUUGAGAUUUUUAUAUGAUCCAAUAGAUUUGAGAGUACAGGGUUAUUUAGAAACAAAGGAUCGUUGCUGGUGAUGAUACUCAGGAGGGCCGCGAAUUCAAACACAGGCGGGGAUCGUUCCACUUCAACUACCAGCAACCCCGUAAAGCAUUCAUCAGAGAGAGAGAGAUGGAGAACCAGAUUAAACAUUUCAUCCAUGAACAUCCAUUGAGAAUGGAGAAAGGUGUGCUCGAUGAUGAAUGCUUCUGCUUGUUAUGCCACAAAGACAUCGCUUCACCAAUGUACUCGUGUUGCAAUGAGUUUUGCUUGAGAAAGGUGUACAUGCACAAAUCAUGCGCUCAAUUCCCACAAGUGAUGCUACAUCCCUUUCACCCACACACUCUGACCCUCCUCAUCAGGCCCCGAAAUGAAUUUGAGUACUUCGACUGCGAUGCCUGUUGGAGGACCGGUCGGACCCAUAGUAACUACCAUUGUUUCAAGUGUGACUUUAACCUCGACAUUUGUUGUGCUUCACUAAUGCCUGCCAAAAUCCUAGUCCACCAGAAGAAUCAAUCCCAAAUUCAACAUCAUAUACUACGUCACCCACAUCCCUUGAUUGUCUGCAACAACAACGACACGAUUUUGUUUAAUUUUACCUGCUCUUUCUGCAAGUUACCCAUCAAUGGAAGUCGGAUCUAUGUUUGCCUUUACUGCAAGUGCUUGCUCGACCAAUCAUGUGCCGAGUGGCCUUCACAGAUCGAACACCCUUGCCACCGAAAACACCCACUCACCCUGCUUGACCAACGUUGGAAUACAUUUUCGAGGCAAUGUAGAGCUUGUGGGAAGGUGCUUGAGAAGGGCCUUCUCUUCAAAUGUGAUGAUUGUCGUGUUAGAAAUGACCAACGUGUGGAUUCAAGUCGGUGCAGCGCUUGUGGGAAGUUCCUGACAGAGGGCUUUUCCUUCAACUGUUCUGAGUGUAAUUUCAGCCUGGACCCAUUGUGCGCUUCGUUGAUACCAUUGCCGUCGUCUACCCAAAAUUCUCAAGGCAGCAGCAGGGACGAUGAGUUCCAGAUUCAACAGCUAAGACACCCCCACCCCUUGAUUCUUUGUGAGAAGAAAAAGGAUUACCGUAUAUCUUGCGAUGCUUGCCAGCUUCACUUUGAGGAUGAUGAUUCUAUUGUCUACAUCUGUCUUGAAUGCAAGUUUUUGCUUCACAAAUCUUGUGCUGAUUUGCCUCUGCAGGUAAAAAGCUCAUUUUGCCACCACCAACACACACUCACCCUGCUCCAAUAUUCACUUGGUCAGUUGUGCAAGAAUUCGCUCAGGGAAGAAAAUAUUGGCGAUGCAAAUGAAUUCAGCGGUAAAUUUAAGUGCCAUGCGUGUCAAGUAUAUGCUUCAGGCUUUGCAUAUGUAUGUACCAAGUGCGCAAUCUUCUUUGACAUUAGAUGCCCAAUUUCAAAACCCUUCCUCAUCAGCUCUCAACUUCAACACGAGCACCCUCUUGCUCUCUUCGCCGCCAUACCCUACCUGCUCUAUUGCAACGCUUGUAAUCGGCAAAUCUGCACCUAUUUUUUCCGCUGUGUGGAGUGCGAAUUCAAUCUCCAUGUCGGUUGUGUAACAACAUUGCCACCGACUGUCAAAGAUAAAUAUCAUAGACAUCCCCUCACUCUCACCAAUUCUCCCAUCAAAGACCAUCCAGAUGAAAAUGAAUACUCGGAGUUCAUCUGCGAUUCUUGUGAGGAAAGAAGGGAGUUAUAUGAUCCUACUUACUAUUGUGAAGAAUGUCACUACGUUGCUCAUGUUCAUUGCCAGCUUUCUGAGAUAUUUCCUAUACUAGAGGAGCAGUUCUUGCCUUGCAAACUUGGUGAGACAAAAUUGGAGAUGUCAGCAAGUGUGUGUGAAGAUGGUAAUGGUAUAGGGGAUUGCAAGGAUUUGAUGAUAGAAGAGAUCUUGGGGAAAGAGCGUGACAAGAUGGAGAGUCAAAAGCGUUUUCGUGGACCAUAUGGAGAGGUUUUUUCAGAUGUUUCUACAGACGAUGAAACUGAAGGGACAAGAACUGCUGAACAAUCUUCUCUCACUGAACUAGAUGAGGUAGAGUGGCUAACUACAAGAUUAAAGGCAACAAAGAAAAGAUUGAAAGAACUAGAGGAAAGGCGUGCUCAGUAUGUUGCAUCUCUAUCACCUAAUUUCGGGGAUAAUGACUGAAUGUUUAGUGAAGCACUGAUUUGGAAGAGCAACACAUCAACAAUUAGCAUCAGCGCGUGCGCGAGCGCGCACACAUAGAAAAACCCUAUAUAUAUAUAAUGCUAUAAUUUUAAGGCAAUAACUUGUUUGGUGUCUCAACUAUGUCAGUUAUUUAGUAUACCUUCUCUGACUCAGGAGAACUGCACUUGCACCUAUUCGAUUUUUGAGUUGAUUUUCCUAUUGGCUGGGUUGGGUUGCUUUAGUUUGGUCAUACAGAAUUUGAUGGUAAUUGUAAUUUCAAUCUAUGAACGAACAAUUUUCCUAUCCAAUUGAGAAAAUAGUUGGCAAAUGGAAAGCUCCAGAUUCCAGCAUGUAUAUAUGGUUCAUUAUUUGAUGGACCAAAUUUUGAAGGAAAAUUCUAUUCUACUAAAAUUUUCAUACAAAUUCACUUAAUUAGAAUGAUGUGGCAGUAAAUUUUUUUGAAAUUUAGAAUCAUCUUGGUGGAAUUUUUUUUUUCUCAAAUGAUAAUUUCCCAAUUCAACUAUAUCAUUUUGCACGUUUUUUUUUAUUUGUAUAUCAUUACUCAAUUUAAAAAUA